GUGCCGCGUCGCGGUAUGGUCGUGACGUAUAAAUUUUUCUAAUUAUUUUGAAUAAGAUCAGUGUCGUGUUAUCAAGUAGUGACAUUACUUGUCAAAAUAUUAAUUAAAAUGUUGUUGAUAAAUGUUUAUAUAAUUGAAUAACGAGCAAUACGAAACACAAUGAUAAAUGUCACACAUGAUGAAAAUAUUAAAUAAUAAUACUACUCGCCAUUUUGUUUGUUGGCGUAUGUUUGUGUUAUAAAAUCAUAAUAAUAAUAAUAAUAAUAAUAAUAAAAUAAUACUCCAAAUUGUUGUGUUUAUAUAAAAAUGUAUGUUGAUUAGUGGUGAAAGUGAAUAAGUAUAGGUAUAUUGGAAAAUUUAAAAUUAAUAAUAAAAUAACACGCGUUGUCAAAGUUCCGCGUGGUACAUCAGCUAUAUACAUACAUGCAUACAUACGUGUAGUGUAACGUACGCACGCUCCAAAAUUUUCAGGGUCGAGUGUGUGUUGUUUGCUAUUAUCUUUUAUUUGCACAAUAUAUACAAUUGCUCAUACAUAUUUUUUUAAUUGAAUAUCGAAAAUUCAUAAUAAAAUCAAAAAGAAAUUCUACAGUUGAUUUUAGAGAAUUGUAGUUGUUGCGUGUGUCUUGUUUUUUAUUGUUGGUCAAUGACGUUUUUUUUUUUUUAAUCCUUUUGUUUUUUUGUAUAAGCGAAUCAAAGAUUGUGACUUGAUACGAUAAAAUCUGGUUUAACCACAGCGACGCUUUUGAAGUAAAAGUGAAAUAAAAAAUAAAUAAUAUAUAAAAUAUAAAUUGAAGAAAGAGCGAAUAGAAGAGUGACAGUGGAAGAAAAAAAAAAUAAAAAGAAGGGAAGCAGUUGCAUUGGCCGUCUGUGCGUUUUUUAUUUAUUGUGCAUAAAAGAGAGAGAGAGAAAGAGAGGUUUAAAAAAUUCAGAAGGCAUAAAAGAAAGACAAGAAAACAGAGAAAGGGAACAACUAACCAUCAUACUGUGUAUAUAUAAAAGUAUAUAUACCUGUAUAUAUUCACACAAGAUGCCGAGUGAGUAAGCAGCAAAAAAUAAAUAAAGAAAGAAAGACCUACAAGGGGCCCAAGGUCACUACUCUCUUCUUCUCGUGCAACAAGAGCGUUCGGCAUUCUUGAUUAUUUAUUUAUUUAUUUUUUCAUUAUCAUCAUCAUCCUUUUAUUUUAUAAUAAUAUUUUUUUAAUAUUAAUUCUUGGUCCUCGUACUGAUACCGUAUACCGUCUUCCGCCCACUAAUUUUGUCUUCCUUCAUUUAUUUAUUUAUUUAUUUAUUUAUUUAUUAUUAUUUAAAGUGUGACAAGUGUUUGUGUUCAAUUGUGAUUAGUUGUUGUGUUUUUAAAUAUUCGCCAAGUUGGAUUAUAUACAAAGAGUGUCUGGAUUAUUGACAAGUAAAUAAUGUCACAUGCUUCAAGUGUCUAUUGUUGUCAUUCAUCAAAAAUUUAAAUAUAUUAAACAAUAAUAAAAAAUAAUAUAGCUAAAACAAAAAAAAAAAAAAAAAAUGACAAUUGCCAGUAAUAUUGUUGUCGAGUGGCUUCGUUCACUUCAUCUUGGUCAAUAUUCCGAGUCAUUUAUUGACAAUGGUUAUGAUGAUCUUGAAAUAUGUAAACAAAUUGGUGAUCCAGAUCUUGAUGCAAUUGGUGUAUUUAAUCAAAAUCAUCGUGGACGAUUAUUACAAUCAGUUAAAACACUACGUGAAGAAGGUGCUGCAAGUGUUUAUUUUACUCUUGAGGAAACAAAUGAUUGUUUGUGUGAUAAUGUCAGUUCAAAAUCAUCAAGAACAUCAUCAGAUAGGCCAUCAAGUGACAAAGAAAUACAACGACCAGAAUCACCAACAGCAAGUUCAUCAAGUGGUGGACAAGAAUUAACUAAAUUUGCUGAUGAAUAUGAAGAGGGAAAAGCUGAACUUGUUAGAAUACCAAGGAUCCAACUCAAGAUGUUACUUCAAGAAAAAUUACGACAUGAUGGUAUUCGACUUGCCUGUCAGCCAUACACAACACCGGAAGGUGAACAAGGAUAUUUGGAGGGAUUGGCAUCAAGGUAUGCAGACCUCUUCAGAACACAUUAUGGUGAUGUCCUGGAGCCACUUGAAGAACUUAGACGCCGUGAAACAAAUGCCUCACCAAGAGGUAUACCCAACACUCAGCUUACCACAAGUCAUUCACAACCCAUUUAUGUUCCUGGUAAAUACUCGCCAUCAAGUUGCCUGAGUGACAAGGAAGAAGACGAAAUUUAUGGAUUUGGAUAUGGAGUAUUUGGUCGUCAAAUGCUUCAACAAAGACAACAAAAACUUGCUCUAGCCACACAAAAUACGAGUAUUAAUUCUGGUGGACAACAACAACAGCAACAACAGCAACAACACACCUACCAAAGUUGUCUCAGUCCAAGAUCAGCAUUUUUCUACGAAUUUCCACCAAAUGAACAAGGACAAAAUACGAGUAAAAAAAAGACAACAUUUUCACGAUUGCUGAGAGGGCUCAAGACUCACAGAAAAGAGAAACAGGGUCAACCACAAGGAUCACCAAGACAUGGAAGAGCCAGAAUGGGUGUACCACAGAGGGUUGACACACCAGAUAGUGUGCUGCAAAGUGGACUUGGUUUGGGUCCAGAAAUGGGACACACAAUAUUACGAUCAAUGGUUGAUCCACGUGAUUAUGACAGACUAAGAUAUUUACAAAUGAAUGGUAGCCAGCCAAAUAGUUUUGAAGAAACAAUUCACAGGUUAAAAGUGCAGGAUGCUCUGAGAAAAAAAGAACGCUUUCACAAAGAACAUGAAGAGAUACUUCGAGACAUCAGACAGGGUCUCAUGCAGCUUGGAAGGGAUGGACGAGGUCAGCUCCCUGGAGAUGACACUUAUAUGUACGAUGAAGAUGCAAGAUGUGGAGCAAGUGGACUUAUGCCUGGACCUGGUGGACAACACUGGUAUGACGAACCACCUUAUGAAUCUGAUCCAGAAGAUUUUCUUAUGGGAGCAACUGGUGGACCAGUACCAACUGCUACUAUUCAAAAUGGAAGAGUAUGUUUUACAUUAAAUUUGAGACCAGAAAAUCGUGGUGAAGGUAUAAUAUCAUUACGAACAGCUGGUGAUAUUAGUUUGCCUCGUGAUCGUUCACGAAAAAUACCAAUGUCAACAAUGCGAGGACUCAUUGUUCCACAAGGACACAAUAAUCCUCCAACAAUAAUACCUCUAACACAUUCUAGAGCUUCCCGAGAAAGUGGUGACUAUGCAAGCAGUGAUGUUCAGAGUGGUGAAGAGGGACUAUCACCAAGUCAAAGCAGUGACUAUGAGGACCAAGAGGAAUUAGAAAUUCAACACUCGGCAGAGUCAGAAGCCAGUGCUUUACUUGACAGUGGUGAUGCAAGAUCUGGUAUUGCAAGUAGAGCCAGAAAUUUGAGGCAUGAUGUACAAAGAAAAAUAACAAGAUUACGACAAGAUAGAGCUUCAUCUGAGGCAUUUCCAUGCAGUGCAAGCAGUAUUGAAAGUUUACCCAGUGGAAGUGGUUCAAGUACACAAGCUUUAGUUCGAGCUGGAAGUAAUCAUAGCUCAAUAUCAUGUGAAGAAAGAGAACCAGUUAGUCCAAUUGGUCCUGUUCUUUGUCGAGCAAGAGCACUUGUUGAUUAUACACCAAGUCCUUAUGACAAAGAAGCUUUAAAAUUUAAGAAAGGUGAAGUUAUCGAUGUUGUUCAAAUGAAUACAAGUGGAUUGUGGAAAGGCGUACUGCACAAUCGUAUUGGCCACUUUAAAUUUAUAAAUGUUGAGAUAUUGAAUGAACGAGUGCAACGUCGUGGUGAGCCAGAAAGAGCCAAGUGGGGACAAAGAUAUAGACAAAAACCAGGCUCUGUUCAAGAGCUCUUGCAAAGAAUGAAUCUUCAGGAGCAUAUACCAGUAUUUGUAUUAAAUGGUUAUGAGGAUCUAGAACUAUUUAGAGAACUUGAACCAGCAGACCUUGACUAUCUACGUAUUCAUCAACCGGAACAUCGAGCUAAAAUACUAACAGCUGUGCAAUUAUUGCAUGACUUGCAAUCUGGAAGUGAGGGUGAUUUGGCAUCUAGUUCAGAGGGUGAUGAAAUGAAUCGUUUAGCAUUGACAUCUGGCCAAACAUCAGGUCACUCAUCACCAUUUAGUAGACGUCAAUUUCCACGUGAUUCUGGCUGUUAUGAUGCACAUAAAAAUUCAACAAGACGUACAAUAAGUCCAGAAACAAUAGAUAAUUUAAAAACACGUGAAAAUAAUCUUGAUUCGGCAUUAUCAUCAAUUGUUGGUGGUGGUGGUAGUAGUAGUAAUAAUAUAGAUAAUAUAAAUAAUGGUAUUUUAAAUGAAACUAAAGAUGUUCAAAUAAACUUAAAUAUUCCUAUGACUGGUGUUGUUGUACCAAAGGAUCAAGGACAAUUUGAUAAAUCACCACAAAUACGAACAACACCAACAAAUAAUGUUAGAUUUAUUGCUAAAAGACGUAAUUUUUGUGAUAAUGUUGUUAUUGGUUGUAGUAGUGGUGGAAAUGGUAGUACAGAUGAAAUUGUUAAUUUAACAAAUAGUAAACUUGCAAUAUCAAAGUAUGGUGGUGUUGGUGGUGGUAGCAGCGAUCUUGGAAUUGGCUGUGAUAAUAAUAAUAUUAUUGGUAAUGGUAGUGGUACAAUUAAUUGUCUUUCACAACAACGUGGUGGUUGUUUAAGUGAAAAAUCAAGUGAUUCAGGUGUUAGUUCUUCAAGUAUAAGUUCAGUACCACUAUCAAGAGACAAAGCUAUUUGUUCAACUAGUGCUGGAUCAGUUGAUUCACCAAAUAAAAAUUUUAAUAAUUUUACACGAGGUUCACCAAAUUGUUCAUCACACAAUUCAACAAAAGGACAAAUAUAAUUUACUAUAUUAUUAUAUAAAAUAUCAAAGAAAAUUGAUGCUAUUUUGUUUUUUUUUUUUUUCUUUUCAUUUUAAA